GCAAUAGCAGAAUGAACUUCGUGCUGGAAAACAACCACGUUCUUUACCUUUGGGGUGGAGCAGUUGGCCCUGAAAUUGAGCAAGAAGUGAACAAUAUCAAGUCCAUUCCCAACGUAAAAGUCAAUGUAGAAAAUGUAGACCGCUUGCAUCUGGCUGAGUACGGAAAUUCACAGUUUGAUGUGGUUCUGGCAAAUGUUCCCACUGGAAAUUCCUCACUCGUAACACACUUGGUUAAGCUGUUGAAGCCCAAGGGUAAAGCAGUAUUUAAAGAUGAUAUGGUUGCGAAUGUUGAAUUGGCACGUUCCAAUUUGCUGCUAUCGGGAUUUAUCAACAUUGUGGCAUCAGAGAAUAAUGUGUACGUAGCUGAGAAACCGAGCUACGAAAUCGGUUCUGGAUCGAAGCUUUCCUUUGCUAACAAAUCUAAAGUAGCAGCUGUGUGGAAGUUAGACGACAACGAUGAAGAAGAACGUAUCGAUGACGAAGAGCUAUUGGACGAAGACGAUAAAGCCAAGCCGACUGCGGAGUCUCUCAGAGUAUGUGGAACAACCGGCCAACGAAAGGCCUGCAAGGACUGCUCAUGCGGAUUGGCGGAAGAGCUAGACGCUGAAGCUAAAGGUAAAGCCAUUACCGACCCGGCACCCAAAUCGUCAUGCGGAAGCUGCUACUUGGGAGACGCUUUCCGUUGUGCUACAUGCCCGUACCUUGGAAUGCCUGCAUUUAAACCGGGAGAGAAAAUUGUGCUUACUGACACACAAAUGAAGGCUGAUAUUUAAAACAAUGUGCUUUAAAGAACAUGAUUGAAAAUGAAGCUGU